AUGGAGGUUCCGAACUACCCUCUAUAUUGCUAUUGGGGUGGAGAAAUUGUCCACAAAGAUAGCGAUAUAACGUAUAGGGGUGGGAAUCAAAAAUUUGUGUUUGUACAUUCUGCGAUGACAUAUUCACAAGUUCUGAACAAGCUAUAUGAAGAAUUGAGUGUUGAUCCUAGAGGUGUGGAGUUGAAGGUGGUUAUGCGUUAUCCUAUGGCUGGGGCAUAUGUUGCAAUUCCGUUAAAUGACGACAACGCUGUUAGAGCUAUGUGGAUUGCUGUGACUCAGAGUUCUUCUGUUGCAAUGCAAUUGUUCAUUGAACAAGUUCCAAAGGAGCCAGUUGUGCAAACUAACACUGGUUCCUUUCCGGGGAUGGAUUUUUUUGGUAGUGUGGAUCAACCGUUUUCCACUGGUGUUCAAAGUGUGGGCAUAGGGUCAUUCACAAGAAUGCUUGUUGAUCCACAUUAUGUCAAUGACCAUCUCUCACAGUUUAGGUCUCCGGCCUCAUCGCCUAAUGUUGGAACCUCGACAAGCACACAACCACAAGGCAUUCUUGAUUCUCUUGACCCAAACAAUGUUGAUGUAUUUGGCGAUGCAGAGAUGAAUGACACUGAUGAAGAUGAUGAUGAAGAGGUAAUUGAAGCUCGUGAUAAGGAAAUGAGACAUAUAACAAUGGGGGGGGAAUUUGAGGUUGGUCAGAAGUUUGACUCAUUGCAACAACUGAAAGAUGCUGUGAAAUCUUACUCCAUAGCUAGAAAUCAAACAAUUCGAGUUGUGGAGGCAGAGCCAGAGAAAUAUGUUGUUGAGUGCAAGAGGAAAGAACAAUGUAGUUGUUCGUGGAGGCUUAGAGGAGUGAAAGAUCCAACACUCUCUACGUUUAAAAUUGUGAGGUACAACGACCCUCAUGCAAGUAACUGUGUUGGUGACAUCGACUCGGGAGAUCAUAAGCUACUGACUUCCGAGUUCGUUUGCAAUGCUCUUCUAGAUGUCAUUCGCGUUGAUCCUUCAUUGAAAAUCAAGACAAUGGUGCAACUUGUGAAAGAGAAAUUUGAUGGAUUCCAAAUAACCUACAAGAGAGCAUGGCUAGCGAAACAAAAGGCAAUAAAACUCAUUUAUGGGGGUUGGGAGGGUUCAUAUGAACAGUUGCCUAAGUACAUGCAAGCUCUCAAGGAAUCAAAUCCUGGAACUGUUGUUGAGUGGAGGUUGUUAGAGUGUACGGUUCCUGGAACACAUGUUUUUCAACGAGUCUUUUGGGCAUUCAAGCCAUGUAUUGAUGGAUUCCGUCACUGCAGACCCCUUAUCACCAUUGAUGGCACUCAUUUAUAUGGAAAAUACAAAGGCACUCUACUCAUUGCUAUGGGAACGGAUGCCAAUUUUCAACUAUUCCCCCUUGCUUUUGCGGUUGUCGAAGGAGAGAACAAUGAUAGUUGGUCUUGGUUCAUGGCUUGUAUUCGUGCUCGAGUUACAGAUAGGAAAGGGCUAUGUGUGAUAUCUGACAGACAUGCUGGUAUUUUAGCAGCAAUGGAAGAAGUUGGAAGUGGUUGGGAGGAGCCCAAUGCCUACCACAAGUACUGUACACGACACUUGGCUUCUAAUGUGAACUCAAAAUUUAAAAGUGUCGUCAUAAAGAACCUCUUUGGCAAAGCAGCUACUGCAAGGCAGAAGAAGAAGUUUGAUUACUACUACAUCAACAAAAUUGGUGACUUGAAUGUAGAGGCCCGUAGGUACUUGAUGGAAAUUCCGUACAGUAAGUGGUCCAUUCAUCAUGAUGGUGGUUUCAGGUUUGGUGUGAAGACUACAAACAUGUCGGAAGUUUUCAACGGAGUCUUAAAGGGGGCUCGAUGUCUCCCGAUAACCGCUUUAGUGCAAAUGACCUUUUUCCGGGUUAACUCCUAUUUUGCAACUAGAAGAAGUUGGAGUAAAAGAAGACUUGAAGAGGGCCAUGAGUUAUCGGAAAAGGCUAAGAAGACAAUAGAAGCCAACAUGGAGAAAGCCGCGCACCAUGAGGUUGUUGCUUUUGACUAUGAUGCCAUCGGGUUGUAUCAGGUUAGGACCGGUCGUGGAAGAAGAAAAGCUGGUAAAGGUGGUAACUCCCACACUGUGAAUCUGUUGAGCAAGACAUGUACUUGUGAGAAAUUGAGAAUAUACAAGCUCCCAUGCUCUCAUGUACUAGCAGUUUGUCGUCAUAGAAGCCUAUCACAUGCAGACUUUGUGGAUUCUUUUUUCAUGACCGCCGAAUACAGGCGUUCAUACGCGAAGUGUUUUGCACCAGUUCCUGAUCCUUGCCACUGGUUAGCUUACAAUGGUCCUACUACUAUUGCCAACCCAGAUUUGAAAAGAGGCCCAGGCCGACGGUCCACUAGAAUUCGAAAUGAAAUGGAUGAGCGUCCCAAUCGUGUGAAGAAGGCAUGCAGUGUUUGUCGGCGACCUGGGCAUAACAAGAAGACAUGUCCUACUCUUAUUGGUGGAUUUGGAUCAUCUGGGUAA